UGUCCGGUCAGCUUUUGCUUGCUGCCCGCCUAGCGGAGGCCAACGAAGCCGUGGAGAUGGAAGAAAACUACUAGUAUUUGGCUUGCUUGCUUUUUGCCUGCGGGUACCAACUUCCCAGGGUCUGGGAUGUCUUGGAGGGAGAGACUGCGCUUGGUCUCAUGUCCCGCCCUGGAGACAUGAUAAAGGGUCUCCCUCGACCCCUCUGGCUGCUGGGCCACGAAGUUUUUGAUGCUGUGUUUUGUACAAGUUGUUUAGGUGUUUGCUUGUCAGAAAGAAUCUGUCCCUAUUUCUUGUUCUUGCCGAGUUGCGUCUUCUGCUAUUGCUCCUUCUAUUGUCCAGCAGUGAUAGAAACUUCGAAGCGGGCAAGAAGUCUUCACUCGUUGGCUCUUUCCUGCACUUACACCAGACGUCACAACUACCUCUCAGUACCUCGUCACUCAAAAAAAAAAAAAAAAAUUCACCUACCAAGCACCAGUUACCCAACUAUCUUUUCAACCUCGCCCCUUUACUCGACGACCGUUGUCGUACUGAGGCUGCGAUUGGGAUACCUUCUCCUGUUCUGCUGUGUGUGCCAAUUCAAGAUCAGCCACAGCUCGCAAUCUUUCCAAUUUCGACAUCCAAUUUUAAUCCAGCCUGUCAUUAUCACCCUUCGGAGCAAGCACACGGCGCACAGCAUCGCCAGGUGCCUCAGCUUGGCACAUAGACACACAUAUCUUGCGUUACACUCGUUCCUUUGCCGGCUCAAGGAGAAGAUCGGGUAUCACGCACCAAUCUCGCAAUAGAUUAGACGGUUCUAUCGUAUGCAAGCCGCCUGACUAUCUUGCACUCACCAACUUCCAGCCACCCUUUGGCGAGCCGCUGCGGAGUGGACUUGUGGUCAGUGUGUUGGACUACCUCACUCUUGAAUCACUUCUGCUUCACGUCUCGCCUCGUAUGGGUCUCUAUCCGCCACCUAUUAAUUUCGCGUCCGACGUUCCAAA